CUUAUCCUAGUGUAGAUUUAUAACACUGUGUGUGAACAAUUAUACAAUAGAUAUGCUGCAAUAACUUCAGUUAGUAGUGGGAGAGACAGCUGUGAAGAACGACUUGGUGUCCUGAGAAGACCUGACACAUUACAUUCCCUUCUGCCAAACUUACAGCAAUAUCUAAUGAACCAGUGAAGAUGGAAAGCAAUGGCCAUAUGGUUAAUGGUGUUGGUGAGGGUGUUGAAGAAAACGUAGACCUAGUUUUUGAGGAUGAAAAUAAAGAAACUAGGUGGUCAUCCCUAAAUAAGCUGCGAAAGGCUCGCCAACUUUGUGACCAAAUUCUGGUGAUUGGUGCACAUGAGAUUGCAGUUCAUAGGGCAGUGUUAGCCACAGCAAGUGGCUACCUUUUUGACUUGUUCCUGAAGCUUGAGGAGGAAGGCCCAACACCACAAAAUGGCAUGUGUACAUAUAAACUUAAGGACAUUGACUAUGAUAGCUUUAUUUAUUUACUGGACUACGCAUACACAUCCAGACUUGAAGUUCCUGGAGAGCAUGUGCGAUCUGUGUAUCGGGCAGCCAUCCAACUGAAAAUGCCAGAUGCGGCCCGUGCCUGCUCGAAAUUCUUGGCUGCUAAUAUGUCAUCUGCAAAUUGUAUAGGUAUUCGAAAAAUCGCUAAAGAGGCAGAGCUGAAACAGACAGCUGAUGAUUUUAUAAGAAACAAUAUCAAUGAGGUGACUGCCAAUAAACACUUCUACGGCUUACCUAGGGUGCCUGUCGUUAUCAUAGGUGCCGAUCCUGAGCUGGUAGAGUCAAGUGAUGACAGACACAUGUUUAAUUUGGUGCUAAGCUGGGCUAAGGAAAAUAUAGACCAGGAACAUCCCCAUCUGGAAUACCUCACAGAACAGACAAACAUACUGUACCUGAACUCUGACAACACACUGACAGACACAAAAGACAUCUCAGAUGACCGCAGAAAAGAUGAUUUGGUACGAGUUUACACACAGAAAACCAAAAACAGAAAGAAUAUAACCCCAAGUAAAGAGACAGGGAAAAAUAUUCAAGUUAGUCCAGGAGGUACCGUAGUUCGCAAGUUUAGCAUUCAUCCUGACGGACUUGUUACUGAAAAAGAAUGGAGUAUUAUAGCAACAUAUCAACUCAAGGACAAGACAUACCUGGCCAUUGCCAUGUUGAAUGGGACCUUGGCUACCAUAUCCAUUCACUACCAUACAGGGAAGUCCAACUCAGGAAGUGGAUCAGACGAGCCAGAUUCUCCCGAUUCUGUGACUCCAAAACUCCCAGUCAUGCCUGAUAGUCUGUUUGAACGUCAUGCCUCACUGACCCCUCUAGCCAACAUGGGCAGUGCAAGGUGUGGCUUUGGCAUUUGCGUGACUGGUGACAGGAUCAUUGCCUGUGGGGGCUAUGACACAGGAGAGUGUCUAAUGUCAGUGGAAACUUACGAUAUAAAGACAAACAAAUGGACGCCUUGUGCUGACAUGCCAGACCCUCGAGGACGCUUUUCUAUGGAACAGAUCGACAAUGUACUGUAUGCCAUUGGAGGGUCUAAUGGCCAUGGAUCCCAAACGAAGAUCCACUGCUUUGAUGUAGCUACUGAGAAGUGGAAAACGCUCUGUAAUACCAACAAUGCAAGGGUAUCACAAGGAGUAAUAGCAGUGAAGGACACUCUUUACUUGGUGGGUGGCUGUAUGGGUCAACAGAGUUUGGCUAACUGUUUGGUGUUUAAACCACACACACAAGAAUGGGCUUCAUUACCACCAAUGAAUACACCACGUUACCAGGCCGGGGUUUGUCAUCACCAGGGAGAAUUGUAUGCAGUUGGUGGCACAGAUGGCUGGAACUGUCUGAAUUCUGUAGAGAUUUUCAAUUUUGACACCAUGACCUGGAGAAAUGGGCCAAAACUUAAUGUUGCCCGACGUGGUGCUGGAUGUGUGUCAUUUGAUGGUAAAGUUUACAUUGUUGGAGGUAGUGAUGGGACCCAGUCCCUAAAGUCCACUGAAGUAUUUUGUCCUGAGAAGGAUGCGUGGAUGAUGGGUCCAGGACUGAGUGUACCCAGAGCCAAUGUUGCUGUUGUAAUUUAUACCAACCGUGUGUUCGCUGUCGGAGGAUUUUCUGGAAGAACUUUUCUAGAUACAAUGGAAUAUUUGGAUCCUGACAAUAACGAGUGGUGCAGCUAUCUCUCAGUGGAAGACUCUGGGCUGACUCAGAAACUUGGUGAACGCAUGUGUUCUAAGUCUACAGCUCAGGCUAGUGGCAGUCAGGACAAUGACCAUGUCAGCAACAACUCUAAAGGGGACUGACUUUGAGACCAAAUAUAUAUAUAUAUAUGUAUAUAUAUAUACAACAUUCCAAGUUGUGUGUAUAUGGCUACAGAAUUAACCAGUUUAUUGUGAAUAAGCAUUUCUCUGAAAUUUAUGAAUUUCUAGAUCAGUAUGAAUGUACAAUCCAAUCCGAUCUUCUUUUGAGGACUCAGUAUUAUCUAGAUAUUUUUUGCUGUAUUAUAAGUUAAGUUUUUGUUUUUAAAGGAAGUUUAUCCCAUGUCAGAAUAAGUUUUUACAGGAAGUUUUUUCCAUGCCAGAAUACUUUACAUUCUGGUAAUAUGUAGAUAAAUGUAUGGAUAAAUAUGCAUGUUGACAUGCCCCGCCAGUUAAUGGUAGGUUUGUAAUUAAACAUUGAUUGAUUGAUGGAGGUGGGAUCAUUCUUCUGAGCACAAAAUAUAAGUAUGGGUCAGUAUAUCACCUGUCAGAUAUUUUGCUAGAUGUGUUUUUUCUAGAUCUUCAUUCACAGGGUAUUGGAAUAUCACAUAAAUGUUAUGUUAACAUUGAUUUGGCAUAAUGUCAUUCAGUGUGUUAUUUGUUUGUCAGAUAUUUUAUGUCAAUACUAUCCACAUCCUUGUGAUAAGAAGUCGCAUUUGAAACAGUGUUUUUCAUAUCAGUGAUCAAUUAAAGAUAGCUAUUUUUCAUCAAGAUCAUACCAGUCUUUUCAAGUAAUUUCUUUUUGCUCUGUAUUUAUGUCACAGUUAUGUGUUGUUUUGCCGCUGUAAUCAGGUGUGUACUUUAUAUAAAGUAAUUAUGUUGACGAUCAGUUCUCCAAUGGAGUAGUGUGGUAUGUAAUAUUCAACUCUCAGAUUUUGAUAUUUGAUGAUGUAAAUUUGUUCACAUUUUAUUAUAAAGUUUACAGAUUGGUGGUGGGAAGUUUUUAAACAAUUCACAAAUUAGUGGAAUCAAAAUUGGUCAUAAAGACAAAUUAUCUGUAUAAUACAAAAUGCACCAAUAUUUUACAAAAUUUGAAAAAUUUUACCAUUUUCACAUAUGAAACUUCUGGAUCUAAACUCUAACUUCAGCCCAUUCUGUGCAAUUUAUUAAAACUACUUUAUAACCGAUCAAGAAGGGUGAUAAGGAUUUGCUACCUAAAUGUUAGGUCCCACUACCUAUGACUGUAAAAAGCUACUCCCAUUCCAAGUUACUAAUCAUCCCUUGUUUUACCUCUCGUUCCCUAACCAUACCCAACUCUUUAUAAUUGAUUUAGGUACUGUAUCCUUUUAUUAUUUGUUUGGCAUGUGUACCCGUCUUGACUUGAUUUCUACCAAUUUCUUCAUAGAGACUUAUAUUUUGUUGUAGAAAUUUUUUUUUCUCCAGAAAUUUUGCUUUUUUUUAACGUUGAUUAUUUGUACCAUAAUUGUUAUCCACACGUUAAAAAUGGUGGAAAAUAUCAUAUUUGGGAAAAAAUAUACAUUUCUAGGAUGAAAUUUUCACUGUUGAGAGGUGAGGGGAAGUACAUUUGAAUGUGAUGGAAAAUUCAGUAAUGUAAAUAAAAGUUACGUUUUGAUUUUGACUUGAAAAUGAAAUUAAAUAUUCAACAAAUUUUUUUAGUUCUUUUUUAAUAUCUUUUCCACCAUAUCAUACCUGUGGUGGUUGUGGUCAUUUGUUUUCUAUUGAAAACACCUAUUGUAAAUGUUUUUUGUGUUCAACAAAGUUUAUUAUAUAUUAUUUUCAUAUCUCUCUUAGCAAUAGCAAAUUUGAAUAAGUGUAAAACCAAAAUGGUUAUGAUGGUGAGAAACACACCUGAUUUAGAUGUUCAUUUAUGUAUAAUAAUAACCCAAAUUAUUUUGAAUGCCAAUCAACUGGUUACAAAUCAGUAUCAGAUUAAUUGAUGAAGUGACAAAUUAUAUAUUUAUAGUACAUAUAUGAUAAUUAAAUGGUGUUAUGUGCUGGUUUUUAACAUAUCCAGUGUUUUAAUCAGUAUAUGUGAACUAUAUAUCUAUGCUCUUUAAAUUUGGAUAGAUGUAGGAAGAUUCCGUAAUCAUAGAUAUUAUUUAUUUCAUAUUUGUGUGAAAUCUUGUCAAAGUUCACCAGAUGACUGUUGGAGAAGUGAUGAACGAGUGAAUUCAGCAACACAAGUUUGUCCCAGGUACUGAGGGCAUCUGUCUCCAUUCUAAAAUGAAAAGAUAUUUAUAAAAUACUGAAAAUUGUACAGAGCCAAAGUAAGAAUUUGCAUACCCCAUUAUACACAUGUUUGCAUUUUCUAGUGGAAAUUAACCUAUUAACGUUUCUGAUUUAUUCUUCCUGGGUGAUAGAUAUAUGGUGCUUUGUGAUAAUCUUGUUUUUAUAUUAUGAUAAGAAUUCUCUGUAAUAGUCCAAACUUUGUCAGUUAUAAACAAACCUCUUUUUAUAGGGUUUAUAAAGAAUAGACAAAGCAGGACAAACUGUUAUUAUAAAGGGCCAAAAUUGUUUUACAUAAAUUUCAAAUGCCUGCAUAUGGGAAUUUGAUACUUUUACAUUUUAGGAAAAAAUAGGUCUGAGAUCGGAACAGUUUUUGGUACAUGCUAUAUAAAAAUGAAAAAAAUGGUAAAGCAUUGACAUCUUUAUAUAGGAAAUCUUUCAGUUCUAACAGUUAAAGUUUGGAGGAUGUAAAUAACGUAACUUACAAGUUUAGAUGAUACGUUUUCUAAUAAGGGGAUAAAAAAACUAAUUAAUUGAUAUUAUAGUGAUUUACAGUGGUAUAGAAGUAUAUUCUGCAAUCUCAAGAUGAAAUUGUUCAUUUUGGUAUGAGUAAAGUUCAAUGUGUUUUGCCCAAUGUCUUUUCCUAACAUUUGGGUAUUGUGAAAUUCUUAAUAUGUUAAGAGUUUAAGACUUUUAGAGACUCUGAAGUUGUUAUAAAUUGACAAUAAGGCAUUGGUGAGAAGAAUGUUUCCUGUAUAUCAAUAACUUAUUCCUAAUAUAUUUUGAGUUGAUAAAUAAACAGUGGUCAGACAGCCAGAAUCUUUUUUGGUUUACAGAUUGCGGUCAAGUGUUAACCUUAAAGCACCCGCUCAUGUAACAUGCAUUUUUGAAGCAUUAUUAAAUCCAAUAAGAUAU